GAGAGAAUCCUCAAACUCCUACAAACUCCAGGCUGAGGACCGUUGAGUCUUAUAAAGGGUCUAGAGCUCUCGGAUACAGGACGGGACGCUACUUGGAUGUCACAGUCUUUCACUCUCCUAAGGGAUCAUAUUAAUUAUUUAAAGGUUUUCUAUUUUUACAUUUUUGAAGUUACUUUCCCGUCGCGACGUUCUCAUCCAGGAUAGAUGAUUCUGUGCAGCUGGCUGAUGCAGUCCGCCCUUCAUCAUUCUUGGGAAUCCAGAACGUUCGGAUAUUCUGUUGAUCCCGACUUUAUUCUUCUUUAGGACACUUUCUAUUUUAUGGAAAAACGGAGGACAAUAUCACAAAUCAUUACAAAAUGGAUUUAAAUCCAAGCGUAAAAUGUAAAAUAGUUGUCGUUGGUGAUAGUGAAUGUGGGAAAACCGCUCUACUAAAUGUGUUUGCAAAAGAUUCAUUUCCUGAGGGCUACGUUCCCACGGUGUUUGAGAACUACACGGCCAGUUUUGAAAUCGAUACGCAGAGAGUUGAACUCCGUCUGUGGGACACUUCAGGCUCUGCAUACUAUGACAAUGUGCGACCUCUCUCCUACCCGGACUCUGAUGCAGUCCUCAUCUGCUUUGACAUCAGCAGACCAGAGACCCUGGACAGUGUACUGAAGAAGUGGAAAGGAGAGAUUGAGGAAUUCUGUCCCAACACCAAGAUGCUGCUGGUGGGGUGCAAGUCAGACCUACGCACUGACCUUUUUACCAAAUCUCACUCUGGCCAUACCCCAGUGUCCUAUGAUCAGGGCUCUAACAUGGCCAAGCAGAUCAGUGCUCCGUACAUGGAGUGUUCGUCUCUGCAGUCUGAGAACAGCGUCAGAGACCUCUUCCACGUGGCCACGCUGGCCUGCGUCAACAAGGGCAACAAGAACGUCAAACGCAACAAGUCCUCCAGGACCACCAAGAGGAUCUCGCACAGCAGACCUGACCUGCCCACGGUGGUGUCAGACUUCCAGAAGACUAAAACUAAGACCUGUGCUGUUAUGUGACUGGGAUGAUGUCAUUAGAGAGACUGGGGGACACUGUGAACAUGCUAAUGAGCAUUUGAAUUUUGGACAACCAUGAAGAGCUUUAUGCACUAUUAGUGUGCCAACUGAAUGAGGGAUGGUGUUGAGAUGGUGAAAACAGCUAUGCUGUGGUUGCAUGUUAUACCCUGCUUUUUUACAAGCUAGGGGAAGCAUAAAAACAAGGUGUGAACGAACACAUCAUGAACUAGAUGUGUUCCAGACAGUCGUCACUAAAGAGCUCUACUUUUAUUCUCAGCUUGAACUUGAAUCCUAUGGUUUAGAACACAGGCAGGCCUGAAGAAUCCUAUGGUUUAGAACACAGGCAGGGUUGAAGAAUCCUAUGGUUUAGAACACAGGCAGGCCUGAAGAAUCCUAUGGUUUAGAACACAGGCAGGGUUGAAGAAUGCUAUGGUUUAGAACACAGGCAGGGCUGAAGAAUCCUAUGGUUUAGAACACAGGCAGGGCUGAAGAAUCCUAUGGUUUAGAACACAGGCAGGGCUGAAGAAUCCUAUGGUUUAGAACACAGGCAGGGCUGAAGAAUCCUAUGGUUUAGAACACAGGCAGGGUUGAAGAAUCCUAUGGUUUAGAACACAGGCAGGGUUGAAGAAUCCUGACUAUUGAAAAGCUUCCAUUUCUGAAGUGUUACAAGUACAAGUGUUUUGGGGUCUGCUGUUUCAAGGAUCCUGUGUUCUUCUAUGUAAUGAACCAAAAUUGUUGUGAGGAGAGACAAUGAAGGAUAUGAGAGCAGUUAGAUUGUGUAAUGUCCUGAGAAGCAAUGAUGACAACCAAGAUAUACUGUUACCCGUUCUGACAUCUGUGUUGUCUGAGCAGAUUGAUGCAUGUCACGUUAUGUCACCAUUUACAUUCCCUUUUUCUUAAAAUGUUGCCCUUUUCUGAAUCUGUUCCUUACAAUGUAUUAUUCUAAAACAAUGUCAAAAUAGUUCAUUUCAGAACUGUCAAUUUGCCAUGUUUAAAUGUACUGUAGUCAUGUAAAUGUGGUACAUGUUUGAAUUUAUACUUAUACACGUAUAAGCCCAUCA